AUGAGUGGACGGAGAGCAACGACACGAAGGAGAGGACAACACGUAGGGAAGAGAGAACACAAUUACACUAGGCGUAGUCGAGCAGGCAGGCAAGCAGUCAUUCUGCGCUCUCCUCUCCCUCCGCCUCCGCCUCCUCCGCCUCCGCCUUCUCCCACCAGCCCACCAAUCAGCACGCGCGUUGAAAUCGAUGGGCAGAGUAGACCUGCCAAAUGCAACGGCUACUUCUGCCAGGCAGUGCGUACGUGCGUGCGUGUGUGCGGGCGUGAGUUUCGCUCAGCUACGGUUUCUGCCGUCUGUAGCAACGGCGCGAUCGAUAGACGCAGGUGGAUGCGGACGCGUGCCAACACGCACCUUCGCACCCUAUCGAUCGAGGGCUAUUCUAAGCAGGAGUGA